UCGGGUAACAGGAUUUACAUUUUUCAGGCCGGGCAGGUCCCUUCAGAACAACAGAUGUAGGCUGAAUAUUACGGUUAAGAUAGAAAAAGAGCCAGGGGAAUAAUCUCCAUCCAUCCUACUAGGUAACCCUGUCAGUCGGGAAAAACAACGUAUAUUUGAAAUAAGACAUCGUUUGCGCGUCAAACCGGAACAAAAGGCAUACAGGAAGAGGUGCAACGAAAAAUUUCCAUACUCGAUGACAUUACAUCGCAAUGUCCGAUCGUUUGGGGCAAAUAACCAAGUCCAAGGAUGGGAAAAGCAAGUACUCUACUCUCAGCCUGUUUGAUAAGUACAAGGGAAAGUCAAUAGAAGUUCAGAAAUCUACAGUUGUUCCUCGACAUGGCCUGCAGAGUCUUGGUAAAGUGGUCCCAGCCCGGCGUAUGCCCCCCCCAGCUCACCUGCCGAGCUUGAAGUCCGAGAACAAAGGAAACGAUCCCAACGUGAUUAUCGUGCCCAAAGACGGAACGGGAUGGGCAAACAAGCAGGAGCAGCCAGAUCAAAAGAGUUCUACUGCGUCAACAGCACAGCUGCUGGCGUCGCAGCCGCCGCUGGUUUUGCAGAAAUCUGUCUCCAGUCUUCAGAAGCCAACGCUGGUGGUCAGUCAGGAGAAUACAAAUACAGGUGGACCAAAACAAUGGGCACAGCUCAAUGGAAAGGCAGUAGAACAAGAUGGUUCAAGGGUCUUAAACCGACUGCAGCCCUUCUCUCACGAGGAAUUUCCAACGUUGAAGGCAGCUGGGGAACAGGACAAGGCCGGCAAGGAAAAAAGCGUCUUCGAUCUGUCGUAUGGGCCAGGACCAAGCCUCCGCCCACAGAAUGUGACAAGUUGGAGGGAGGGUGGUGGGAGGAAUCUGCAUCCCACGACCUCACCAGCUGCCAUCGCCGCUGAACCUGAGGCCAAGAGCAGCGUGGCAGCCGAUCCCGCCACAGUUCCUCCCCCUGCUGCACCCGCCUCCUCGAAUGUCGCCACCGCCUCUUCCACCCCUGCUCCCCCCGCAGUCCCGACUCCAGCGUCCGAUCAAAAGGACCUCUCCCUCCGCCCGGCACAGCCCCUUCGCAGGGCCGUGCCCCCCGGCUCCCAGUACCAGCACCACUCCAGCACCACCUACCACGACAUGCUUCCUGCCUUUAUGUGUCCCAAAGAGCCCCGUGACCCAUCUGUCUCCACGGAGCAUGGCCCCACCCCCACGGUCGCCCCGGCCCGUUUCGAAGCCCGGCCUACCUUUCGCCAGCCUUUCCCUGCUGCUGAUCCCGUUGGCGGAGAGGUAAGGAGGGAGAACCGUUUUAUCCGUGCCCCCGCUCGACCCUCAUCUCGCCCUAUCCACCGCCCUGGUGAUCGAGCCCCCCGCCCUGCCAUCAUCAACCCGGAGGACCUGAAAGACCUGGAUGAGCUGGAUAAUGAGUGCGAAGACGGCUGGGCAGGUCUACAUGAGGAAGUGGAUUACAGUGAGAAACUGAAAUUCAGCGAUGACGAGGAGGACCAUUCUUGUAGUGAGAAGACUAAAAAGUGGGGAGAGUGGGAGCUUUGCAGAGACCGCCAGUCCUCUCACAGUUCGGCCGAGGGGACCUACACCCAGGAUGGGCUAGAGGAAGAGGGAUAUCACCGUUAUUUGGAGUCCCACCUCUCCACGAAGCCUGCAGGCCGGUUUCCCCCUGCGGAUGUGCAGAACCAGCAGAAGGUUGCCGUCCCAAGCACUGUCCACCGGGGGGAGUCGCUCGAGGAGAAGGAUGAGGCGCCACGGACAGCUCCCUGGGGCAAGUUUGCCUCCACGGAGCUGUCGGAGGCAGUGGAGCGUGCCCGCAGACGUCGUGAGGAAGAGGAGCGGCGUGCCCGCGAGGAGCGCCUGGCCGCCUGCGCCGAGAAACUCAAGCGGCUGGACGAGAAGUUCGGCAAAACCGAGCGACUGUCCAGGCCAGAUGGAACCGCCAGGGAAGUGGAUGGCAGGGAGCCGCCGCUGUCUCCUGCCAAAGACUCACCCCGGACGCGCCAGGAGAACUGGCAAUAUGGAGCUAAAGAACUGUCGGAGGUACCACCAGAGCUGUGCCCUACCCAGGAGUAUCGGGAGGAUGAAGGGCCUGGCUCUGGCUACCGCAGCGAAGAUGACAGGACUGACCCCACCUCUCCCCUCCCUGACUAUGGCAAAUUCCAGAAGUCUCUCCCCCCUCGCUUUCAGAAGCAGCAGGAGCAGGUGUAUAAAAUGCAGCACUGGCAGCAGCCGUCAGCCCCCUUGGCCCAGUCAGGCAGCACCCACCACCAGCGUGGUUUCUACCCUCCGCACGUGCUGGGCUUUGACCCGCGCUGGAUGAUGAUGCCCCCUUAUGUGGAUCCCCGCAUGGCACAGGCAGGCUCCCCAGUGGACUUCUACCCCACCGCGGUUCACACUUCAGGAAUGAUGAAGCCCAUCAUGCAGCAGGACCAUCUAAACAGUCCAGGAUCUACCUCAGAUGAGGGUUGCCGUCCCAGCAUGCUCCAGGAGAGGCGAGCUCAAACUGCCGAGCCCUACCCCAUCUGGCGCCAGGACAGUUACCCUCCCGCCCCUCCUCGUAGCUUCACUCCCCCCUACCAGAGGCAGCACGAGGGCAAAGACAUGAGCUGUCCUGAGAGCAGGAGUGAGAGAGAGGGCUCCCAGGAGGACGUGAACAAUGAUAGAGGAAAGGAGUACGGUGAUGUUCUGGAGGAGCCUCCCCAUGUUGGCCAUCGUCAGAGUCGGUGGGGGGACGUGCCUCUUGGAUCCUCCCCAAGGAAGGUGUCUCAUGAGGAAGCCAUGCCUCCAACUGCCCAGAAGUGGCCCCGGUCCGGGGAGUCCGACUGCCCAAAACCAGACGCCAAAGAGGUCGGUUACAACAGGCACCACAAGGAUAGCAUGGGGUCCCGGGAUGAAGACUUCAGUUGCCCUGGGAAGGACAAGACUUUCGAGGCUGACCUCUGGAGGAGCGAAAGUCCAAAGAAGGAAGGAAGCAUCCAGUCACAAUGGUCCGAGCCGGGCUCCAGCAAAGGCAGCCAGGCGUCUGAGGCCAGUGGGAGGAUCCUGACCCGGAGGACUGGGCCUAUCAAGAAACCAGUGCUGAAGGCCCUCAAAGUAGAUGAUAAGGAGAAUGAAAAACCUAAACCAGAGCCAGAGGAGAAGCCUGUUCCUUACCGACUGGAGAAGGAGGUCCUUACCAAUGUGUAUGACCUGAAGAAGGACUCCUGCCAACCUUUUGGAAACAGAUACCCUCCUGCCCCUCCCAUACCCACACCGGAAGAGAAAUCUCCCACUACUUCCAAACCCGAGAAGGCAAACAGCUCCACUGAGGAAGAAAGUAGCUGGGACAAUGGGAAGAACCAGGCCAGGGAUAGCCAGGACUCCAGGGAUCCCACAGCUCCACGGCGCAACAACUGGAUCUUCAUCGAUGAGGAGCAGGCAUUUGCUGGGGUGAGGGGAGUGAGUCGGGGGCGUGGCCGAGGCUUCAGGGAGUUCAGUUCCCGGGGUGGGGCCCGUGGGGGACGGGGAGGGAACAUCUCCAGAGGAGGCUACGGCGUCAACAGCAAUGGCCAGAGGAUCGGCCGGGGUGCUGGCGGCCCACGGGAAUUCGUCAAGGCUGACGACAUACAAAGGGGGAAGCCACGGCGACGGAACGUGAGUGAGACCCUGAGCGAGGCUUCUGAGUACGAGGAGCUUCCCAAGCGCCCGCGCCAGAAGGGGACUGAGAACGGGGAAGUAGGAUACUCUGAGCCCAGCGGUGUCAGGAAGGUCGUCGACAAGGAUUCAUGGAGGUCCAACAAGGUGUACACCGAUGACCAGGCUGGCAGUGGCGAGUCCCGUGACAAGGCCAAAAGCACCCGCAGCUUUGGACGUGCCCUCCCACCACGGCUCACGAACGCUGGGUAUGGCCGGGGCUUCAGCUCUCGAGAGGUUACCACCUGGAGGGGAAGAGGAGGCCAGUUUGUCGUUAGCCCCUUGCAAGAAAACGGUUAUGGUUUUGGCACCGAGACCUAUCCCAGAAGAUCACUGGAUAGAGAGCCUUCCAAAUACACUCAGAAGCAUGGCAGUCCCUUUACAGAGAACAGAACUGAGGACCGGGGAGGUGAAGGAGACUAUUAUGUGGAGGCCGAUAAUCCAGAUAACAGACCUCUGAGGCGACGUCGGCCUCCCCGGCAAGACAAGCCGCCACGCUUCCGCCGCUUAAGGCAGGAGAAGGAGCUUGGGUGCCAGUGGAACAGUGAGGAACAUGUCAACGGGGAGUUUGGUAGCACCUGGCCUAGCCGCCCAAAAACUGGAGAGGACCCAGGAUCUGGCCACCAUCUUGGGGGUAGGGGUCGAGACCAUGGAGGCCUCCAGGACCAGACUGAGGACUGGGAGUCUAGCUCUGAAAACAGCGACUUCAUCGACCGCCGGGAGAAGGGUGGGGUGCCUUUGCAGGGCGACAUGGCCUCGGACUCCCUAUCCAGUGAGCUGGGCUCUGGAGAAAAGAGGGAGCUUUCCAAGAGGAGCUUCUCAAGCCAGCGCCCCCUGGUGGACCGACAGAACCGCAAAGGGGAUCCAGUUGUCAUGGAGAGUGGAAAAAUGUCCCGGUCAUCUGAUGUCGUGGCUGUGUCAACCUCAUCCACCAGGAGUGAAGCUUGGCAAAAUGGAAUGUCUCCUAACAGCAAGAGAACCUCUGAGGAGACCUCAGGGUCCAUCUACAGUGUGGAGCAGCCCAAUGACGUGCCCCAAGGGAUCCUUUGUGAUUCUUCUGGGAAGAAGAUGGAGAAGGACCUUAAGCCUGGGGUGCUGAAAGGAGAUAAAGUAGAGCCAGUGUCUCCAUACGAGCUGAACAGCUACCCACAAGGUGACGUCACAGGGGCAGUGCCCGGUCCAGAGGGUUUCUCGGAGGCAAUGUCAAAGAAGCAACGUCGUCCAAUGGAAGAUGAGCGGAGAAAAAAAGAACAGGGGUCACCGGUGCCGGUGAAAAGCAGAACAAUCACAUCAAAGAUGCCCCCACGAUUUGCGAAGAAACAGGGGAGUCUGUCUAUGGAGCAGUCAGAGGAGGUGCUUUCAGCCAGCAACCUGGGCACCGACAUCUGGGAGACAAACUCAGCUCUAACUGUUCAGCCAUCGGGUGGCGAUGCUUGGACCAAGCCGGUCUCCUACCCUAGCGGCGAGACCAACUCUGAGGAUUCGGACGCCGGACCAGAACAGAGCAAGGAGCACAAGCCAGGUCCAAUAGGCAACGAGCGCUCGCUCAAGCACCGCAAAGGCUCUGAGGGCCUGGAGGGGCCCGUGGCCCCUGUGAAUGGUGUGGACCUCCAUGUGGAUGGCGUAAUCCCCGUGCCACCCAUAGAGUUUGGUGUUAGCGCCAAGGACGCCGAUUUCAGCCUGCCUCCUGGUGCUGCCACGGUACCUGCAUCCAGCCCAGCUUCUAAGCUUCAGGACGCCCUGGCCAGCAAUGCUGCCCUCACUCAGGCUGUACCCAUGCUCCGCAGGGAGCAUCUUCAGCAAGGCAUUGGUCUCAACCCCAUCUCCUUCCCCAGCGCGGACCUCACACUCAAGAUGGAGUCUGCACGCAAGGCCUGGGAGAACUCCCAGUCCCUGCCUGAGCAAGGCUCCCCGGUGGGGGCAGGCUCCGGGGGCCAGCCGGCCUGCAGUGCCGGCUCCUCCAGCGGAGUCAGCUACAGCUCCUUUGGGGGUGUCUCCAUGCCCCCCAUGCCCGUGGCAUCAGUGGCGCCAUCCGUUUCCAUGCAAGGAAGCCAUAUUACCCCCUUGUAUCUGGAUGGACACGUGUUUCCCAGCCAGCCUCGCCUGGUGCCGCCCAUGACGCAGCAGCAGAGCUACCAGCAGGCCGCCGCUGCCCAGCAGAUCCCCAUCUCCCUCCACACGUCCCUCCAGGCCCAGGCCCAGAUGGGGCUCCGUGGGGGCCUGCCUGUCUCCCAGUCCCAGGAGAUGUUCAGUUCCAUCCAGCCGUUCAGGUCACAGGUCUACAUGCACCCCAACCUGUCUCAGCCCAGUCCCAUGGUGCUAUCAGGCGGAGCCCCCCUGAAGGGGCCUUACUCUGCUUUUCCGGGCAUGCAGCCUUCAGACAUGGUGAAGCCCCAGUCGGGCUCCCACUACCAGCCAAUGAACGGUAGCCAACCCCUGGUCUACGACGGGCAGAUGAACCAGGCCCCAGGCAUGGGCACAUCUCAGCUCCUGGACAGCCAGCUCAUCCAGGUGACCAUGCCCCUUCCCGGCUCCCAGCUGCGAUAUGGCUCUGCGCAGCAGCACCUAAUCCUGCCCCAGUCCAUCCAGCCGCUGCAGGGCCAGAACCUGCCUGUGGGUGCCCCCCGGAGAAUGCUGCCCCCUGGCUCACAGCCUCCCGUUAUGACAGGGAGUAGAGAGACCCCCCAGAUGGAGAUGAAAGGCUUUCAGUUUGCAGAGAAGCCGAACCAUUCGCAGGGCAUGUCGGGGGGGUCUUACAGGCCAGGUUCUGUCAGCCCCAGUGGAAAGCCCUCUGGUCCAGCGGCUGUGGCCCCUCUACCAGGACACUAUACUCAACAGGUUCCUCCCCCACAAGGCAACAUUGUCAUGCACAUGCGCCCCCCCACCACAAGCCCCUUCCCCACUCCCAUCCAGCGGCCAGUCAUGCAGGUCAACAAGGCCGUAGUCAUCCGCCCUCCCUCGUACCCCAGUCCUGGGCGUGAGCCGGCACCCUCUACCUCCCCUGCCACCUCUGACUCCUCCUCCAAGGGACCAGAGGAUGGUAUGAAGACCAAGGCCCAACGCGAUGUCCGCGCAGGCGUGGCGGAGGGAAAGGGCUCGUCGGGGGGGAUGCCAGGCAAGCUGCAGGAACCCUUGGCCGCCGGGGACAUGAAGCUGUCACGCACAGGAGCCAUCAAGCCCCAGUCUGUGAAGAUGGAUGGGAAAGUGUAGCUGGGCCACAACCGGGUCCCGCUGACUCGCCACAGUAGUCACACAGAGACCACUAGAGCCCCCACCAACACCCCCACCCACCCCCGCACAGCGUUCUUCAGGGGAUCCCAAGGGAGGAAGUGGCUCAUCCGUUUCCAAAAUCUCAAAGCCAGACACUAUUAUUGAACACAGCAUAUAAAUAUAUUAAGUAUAAGACACAGUAGUUUGGGAACACACUUUUAAAAGCAGACUUUUGAUUUUGACCUUUUUUAUUUAUUAUGUUCAUUUCAAGAAAAAAAAAUAAUGAUUAAGAUUUACAUUUCCAGCGUUGUGGGGAAAAUUCUGGAUGAGCAGACAUUUGGUUUCCUUGCCAAACUGUCCCCAGCCUCCGGACUACAGGUGCUGGACAUGGCUGAUGUCGAACGCUUACUGCAAGAAGCUCCUUUCUUUGUCUACUAUUGAACUCUGCACCAUUUUUUUUCAUUGUCGUUUUCUUCCGUUUCUGCUGGUUCUUGUGAAGUUUUAACCUUUUUUAAAAAAAAAAAAAAACGAAAAAAAUUCUGAACCAUGACUUACUUUAAAGACAUUUUAUUCAAUAAAAAAAACCUUGAAACCUUAACUUUUGGGGACAUCUAAUCUAUACGAGCACGGUUAGAAAAGCGAAUCCUGAUGGAUCAUGGGAAGACACCUCCAGUUUCUGUCGCCAGUGUAGUGCUGUUUGUGAGCUUACGGAGAUGUGCUUAGAUAACUGCAAGUGUGUUUGUUCCACAUAAGAUGCCUUUUGUCGCAUAAACAGGGAUGCAGUUUGACAUGGGUGGGAGGGGCGUGUGUGGAGAAAUACUGCAGUUUUUAUUUUUGCGGCUUCUUUGGGGUGGAUGCAGUGUUUUUUGCAUGUUCUGUAAAGGCCCCCGUUUUGUGGGUCCGUACCCUUGCGUUUCAUAUUUUGAGUGUAAAUGUGUAAAUCUGAGGUUGGAUGUUACCGCUCAGCACCGCCCAGUCAUGUGGCCCCGUUUUUGACAGCUGAUGUAAGGAACCUUUUUCUUAUUUUUCUUCUGCUGAUGACUAACUGUAUUACAGAUGUAUAUAAGUAUAUGUUAGGCAAUUUAUAUAUUUACCCCCUACACCCCCAAGUAUUUAGUGUGAGCCUCAAUAUUUAAAGGCUCAGUUUUACACUUUAUUUUUUUGGAUUCAAAAAUAGAAUAAAAAAAUCUACAGGAACCCUUCUCUGAAUCUGUUCAGCGUAACUAAUGUGCAGAUGUUUAGGGCAGUCAGCGGUCUUGGUGAUGGCAGCAAUAAAUUAAUCAUAAUUGGGAUGAAUGCAAUUUCUUUUGUUUUGGGGAGGGCACAGUUGCCGAAGUCUGGGCGUAUAAAAUUUGCUGGGCUUCAGUCGAUGCCGUCAGCUCUUGUUGGAGAUUUGAUGCUAAAUUGUUAGGUGCUGAUUUAGUUCAUAAUGGCAUAUGGUGUCUGUCUUGUUUUGAAUAUAUGGAAAUAUUCCCUUUUGCUGUCUUCUGUAAUGCUUUUAAAAUGUUACCGCUUAAGAUCACAUUACAAAACACUAGACAUGUUUAGACAUAUUUUAUAUUGGUGUUUCACUGAUUCACAUGCAUCUAUGUUAAGAUCCUAUGCUGGGGGUAGCCAGAGUGUAUACUUGGUUUAUAUUAUAUUUAAUAAAAAAUAAACAAGUAUAUAAAGAAUAUUUUACUACUUUCUCACAGGGUGUUUUACCUCCUCGCGUGAUGGAGAUGAAUGUGAUGCUCAUGCCCUCCCCCCCCCCCUUUGAUUGGUGGAUUUAUUUGUGAUUCUUUUUACCAGACAAUUGUUUCCACCCCAGAGAGAUGAUUGGUUUUCACCCCUCCCCCUUGCCUGAUUGGCUCCUAAAAAUAUGACCCUUUUACUAGUAUAUUUGUUUUUUGUUUUUGUCUACAGAGGUAUAUUUGAAAGGGCAAAUGAUGGACAUUGUACUGUGGAAGUUUGGGUUUUUAACGGUGUCCAUGUUAAGUUACCAGACUAGUUUGCUGUUUGCUCCAGAACUGGUCCUACAGUCUGGUAUCUUACCUGUUUAUCUUUUCAAAAUAUUUGUCCUUUUUUUAAGUUCCUUCCACAUGAAAGAACUUGUUGACAGGAAUUUUAAAAAUAAAGCAGAUUAUGCUUCUACAGUUAUAA